GCCAAGAUCAAGAGGUUCGCCAUGUUCUUCGCGGCAGAGCUGACGGGCUUCUGUGCAUUCCUUGGCGGGGUAGCCGCCCAGGAGGUAAUCAAGAAGACUGGCAAGUUCACGCCAAUUGUCAUUGGCCACAUGGGCGGCAUCACGCCUACGUUGGUGUGCGCGGAGGCAAAGAAGAUGCAGAACUUGGUCGCGGCGUGGCGCCGCAUCGUGAGGCUGCAGUAUCACAUUCCCGCAGCUCUGAAGCGCGCCAUGAAGCCGACCCCCGACUGCAGCGAGGAGCAGCACCAUGAAGACGCUGCCGACGACGUUGAUGAUGAUGCUAGUGGGAAGGCGAUCACGCUCGGCGGCCUCAGCUCAGACGAUGAUGACAGCCUCGUGAGCGUGCGCAGCGAGGCGAAUCGGUGCCGCAAGAACAUCGCCGCCCGCCUGGCCAAGAUGCAGUCUGCCGAUGACGAGAGCGACGGCGGUGACCAAUACGUGCUCGUGAAAGGUUGGGCGUUCAGGGUUUCAGACAGCUGCCCCGCCGCCUCGGUGGUCAGCAGCAAGAUUGGGGCCGCGGUGUACGUGUGGGACGACGGCGACAGAUGGAUGAGCGACCAGCUGUGCACAGAGGCGGCCAGGUGCGACCCCAACAUCAAGAAGGCGCCCGAGGUUGCGCCCGAGGCGCCAGCGGCGGCCGCCUCAGCCAAGGAGGGCGCGGCGGCCAAGAGCGCGGCGGCCAGCCCGCAGACAGCCAAGGAGGGCGCGGCGGCCAGCCCGAUGGCAGCCAAGGAGGGCGCGGCGGCCAAGGGCGCCUGGGGCGCGGCGGCCAGCCCGAUGGCAGCCAAGGAGGGCGCGGCGGCCGCCUCGGUCAAGAAGGGCGCGGCGGCCAAGGGCGCAGAGGGCGCGGCGGCCAAGGGCGCAGAGGGCGCGGCGGCCAGCCCGCAGGCAGCCAAGGAGGGCGCGGCGGUAAGCCCGCACGCAGCCAAGGAGGGCGCGUCGCCCGUCGACGCGGGCAAGGGCAGGGGCAGAGGCAGAGGCAGGGGCAAGAAGGCCCAUCAUGCCGACGGCGACGGCGGUGGGCUGAACGUUGGCGGCGAGGGCACGGGCAAGGGCAAGAGCAGGGGCAAGGGCAAGUGCAAGGCGGCGGGCAAGGGCGGCGAGGGUUGGCAUCAUCAGGCAGAGGCGGCGGCCGACCCAUCGCCCGUCCCAGCGGCGGGCGAUUGGAACGAGGGCGACGCAGACACGGUGAACGAGGAGCACGGCGACGGCUGGUGCGGCAGCAAGAUGGCCGCGGUGCUCCGAGAGAUCAAGGAGGCCCGCGAGCUGUGCGGCAAGCACGGCCAAUGGAAGGUUGGCAUCUCGCCGCGCCCGAAGAUCAACGGGUGGGAGUGCUUCGUGCGGAGCAAUGACGGCCAUAAGUGGACGAAGACCAGCAACGCGAAGAUCAAGGUGGCAGCGACGCUCAAGGGCACGGUUCUCUACGCGAACCAGUGGAUGGUCGAGAGGGUACAGGCUGAGGGUGCCGCGCGCGCCGAGUUGUUGGCGGCCGCUGGAGGCGAUGAUGGCAGCGGCGAGGUGGCGGCCGUCAACAUCAGCGACGACGAUGCGCAUCGGGAGGCCGCCAAGGGUGCGACGGGAGGCGCCGACGGCGUGAUGACCGACACGAUGCCUGACGACGUGAAGGAAGGCGCCGACGGUGCGAUGGCCGACGACAAGAUGCCUGACGACGUGAAGGAAGGCGCCGACGGCGCGAUGGCCGACGACAAGAUGCCCGACGACGUGAAGGGAGGCGCCGACGGCGCGGCGGUCGACGACAAGAUGGCAGACGGCGCGAAGGAGCACGUCGACGGGCUCUUCGAUGACGUGGUGCAGGAGAUCGACUGUUUCACCCAGCCCGAGGAGGGCGGCUUGCAUUCGACCCAGGUGGAGGACGCCACCGCGACCCAGUUCUUCGGCGUGGUCGAGAAUGAGGGGUCCGACCAGAAGCGCCGACGCUUGGGCGCCAAGUCCGCGGUGCCCGAGUCUUUCGCGGCUGCCCUCGCGCGCUCCGUGGCCACGGCGCAGCAUUGGUGGCGCGAUAGGUCAAUGCGCUCCAAGCGAGCCGAGGCGUCGCGCGACAGGAUGUUCAGCAGGCACAUGCAGGAGAUCGUGGACGAUGAUGGGGCGCCCCGCCAGAAGCUCUCUCCCGAGAUCAGCGAGUUCGUGCAGAAGUAUCAGAGCUCGAAGUGCAACACUGUGCUCUCGGGGGUGAAAGCCCAGCUGCGGGAGGUGUGGAACCGCUGCGACCGCGAUUUCGCCGCGGCUGGGACAGUCCUCAUCGCGAGGCAGGAGACUAGUACUGAGGGGCAGCGGCUGAACCCCAAGCAGCCCGCGGGUGUCCUCAAAUGCCCUGAGAUCGCAGAGAGGUUCCAAGAGUUCUGCAGGCGCAACCAGCUCGUGAAAUGGGACGAGAAGCAGCAAUCGAAGGUGUACUAUCAUACCAGAAAGUUGGAGACGUACGGCACCAGAAAGGAGGGCAUCAUCGAGACGGGCGGCAGCGCCAGCUCCAUGGCCGCCCAGCCGACGACCGCUGAUGAUGCGGACGAUGCCUACCAGUGCCAGGACGAGGAGGCCGAAGACGAGGAGUGGGACACCUCUGACUGGGAUAACUGGGAGACGGCCGAGAAGAAGACUAAGAGGAAAAAGAAAAAAGUGUCCGUCAGCGCGUCCACCACCGAGGCGUCAAGCCCAGUCAAGAAGCAGAAGAAGAAGAAGAUGAAGAAGCAUGGUAAGGACACACAGGACAAGGAGAAGGCCAAGAAGAGGAAGACCAGGGACGAUGAAAGUUCGGGCGAGACAGACCCGAAGAAGAAGAAGAAGCAGCAUAAGAAGAGCAAGAAGGAGCGCGACGAUGACUCGGACGGCCCCCCGAAGCAGAAGGACAAGAAGGAUGGUGAUGUGGACGCUCAAAAGAAGAAGGCCACACACGACAAGUUGAAGAGCAAGAAAGCCGACAAGACGUAUAAACAUCAGAAAGAAAAACACAACGAGAAGUCUGACGAGGAGCAGCCCACGCCGACGCAGAAGGUUAAGAAGUUGACAGUGGCGGCCAAAGCGAAGGCUGUGAUUCGCGGCCCCGAUCCCGAGGCUGACUAUCCUAAGCAACUCCGCGAUACGCUGCUGGGGUUAUUCUUCGCUGGCGAGAUGUCCGCAGCGCUACUCCUCAAGCUGCGCGUCUUAAUCGCCCGCUCGAAGGGGCUCGGCGUGGAGGACCUGGCGCGCGACAUGAGGCACAACAGGAAUGCUUCGCCAGCAGUGUACAAGCUCCUCGGCGGCACCGAGGUGGAACGCCAGCUGCUGCGCUACACGGAGAUUCCCUGCAACGCGUGCAAGGGCCGCACAGGGUCGCGGACUCUGGUGCCGUCUGUGCCUUUUUAUGAAGUUAUCUCGCGCUCGUUUGAGCGCGAGGAGGCGGCGCUUCUGAAGCACAGGGUUAAGCCCAACUUACUGUGCACCAAUUUCUACAGCCACGACGUUGUCAAGGAGGUCGGGCCUGAGCUCUGCAUACCUGGGCGGCUCUUCAUGGAUUAUGCGAAGCUCGAUGGCCAGGCGCCCGCGGCAAGUGGCUUCGGCUGCGCAGCUGCCCUGCGGCGCUACCUCUUGCGAGGCGGGGCGGCUGGCGACCUGUCGGGCGCAGCGGGCGACGCAUUCGCGAUUGCCGACAAGCCCCCGAACGAGAGGGAGGAAGCGGCCGUCGCGGACUGCGGCAUGCAGCAGGGCGCGUCGGCGCGCGACGCGAGUUUGAGAUUGGAGCAUUUCUUGUUCGAUUCGAUGCAUGUUGCUGACCUUGGUAUUCUUGCCUACUUCAUGGCAACGGUUUUGUGGUUGCUCGUUCGGCUUGGGUAUUUCGGCAAUUUCACGGAUGCGGACCAUGACGAGGUGGACGUUGCCAUGAGCGAUGCCUUGAAGCAGUACUAUAAAGCCAAGGGGGUUCCAGAUCGCGAGCGCCAGAUCGGGCUGAAGGUGCAGAUGCUCGCUGUUGACUGUGGGCAGGGCAUGGUGGAGUAUUACGCGAUCAUGAAGUCGCAGCCCCGCAACAUGGAAGAGUUAGCGUUGCUACAGUUGCAAGCCGUGGUCGAUCGGACCAUGAACGCAUGGAUCGCCACUGGCCGCAGCUGCCAGAUGAAGUGGCAUGUUUUCGGCAAGCACAUUGUCGACCAAGCCCGUUGGGCUGGCAACCCUGCGUGGUCCCACAAUUAUCGGGGCGAGUCUGAGAAUUUCGACACUCGGAAGAGGGCAGCCUCCACCAAUCGGACCAAGUUCGCUGUCAACAGCUUGGUCAAAUGGUACCUGUCAUACCUGCAGAAGCAGGCCCUGAUUGACGAGAUCGCGAGGCUCUUGCAGCAGCUGCGAGACGCAGAUGCGGCGCGCACCCAGGCACUGGAGAGCAAGGCUCAAGAGAUUCGUGCGCUGCACAUCGAGACUUACGAACUAGGCGAGGAGCUGGCCGCGAUGCGCAUCAUACUCAACCAAGUAGCGCCCGACAGGCUGGUUCAGCACGACCGCGAGUUCAGCGUCCAGAUGAGCUCCGUGCCCGCCCGCGCCGCGCAGCCCGGCGAUGCGGCCGCGGUCUGCGGCUCGGGCUUCAUGGAGGCUAUCAGGAAGCAGCGGGUCUUCAUGGUGGGCUGCGGGGCGCUCGGGUGCGAGUACAUGAAGGGCGUGGCAAUGAUGGGAGCCUGCUGCGCCCCUGGCUCCAAGCUUGUGGUCACCGACAUGGACAACAUCGAGGUGUCGAACCUCAGCCGCCAGUUCCUCUUCCGCCAGUCCGACGUGGGCGCCGCCAAGAGCACCUCGGCCGCGCGCGUCGUCAAAGGCUGGAACCCGGAGCUGCAGGUCGAGGCCCUGGAGAAGGGGGUCGGUGUGACCUCGGAGGACUUCUUCGACGACGAGUUCUGGUCCACCAAAGACCUCUGCUGGAACGCCCUGGACAACGUCGUGGCGCGAAGGUACACGGACCGCUGCUGUCUGUGGCACGGGCUGCCCCUGCUGGAGUCCGGGACGCUGGGCACCAAGUGCAACAGCGACGUCUUCUUGCCGGACCUGACCAAGAGCUACAACGACGGCGUGGAGACAGACGCUGGCGAGACACAGAUCGCCAUGUGCACCCUUCGUAGCUUCCCGUACCUGCCCCUGCACUGUAUCGAGUUCGCGAAGCAGGCUUUCUUCUCGGACCAGAUGGAGUUCGCCCCCCAGCAGUACGAGAUGUUCCGCAAGGACCCGGCUGGCUUCUUCGAGCAGCUGGACGCGAUGGGCGAGGCGGAGCAGUUCAAGGCUCUGAACAUGAUCAAAGGCUUCAUCGAGGUCCAGAAGGCAGCGCUACAGGGCUGUCAACAAAGCAUCUGUUUCGAUCUGACUGAGGAGGAGGAGGAGGCGCCCGUCGUGGGGAGGGACCUGGUGCACAACUGCGACCAGAUAGAGAAAAGCAGCGGCAAGCCGUUCUGGACGGGCACCAAGCGCAGGCCCAUCGAGGCGAAGUGGGACCCCAAGGCGCCGCCGGCAGAGGGCCUGGAGUACCUGUACGCCACCGCAAACUGCUACGCCUUCAUCUGGAAGGUGCCCUUCGUGCGCAACAGGGAGAAGUUCACGCAGAUUGUCCUCUCCCUGGCGCUGGAGGUGCCCACCUGGACACCCCCGAGCGAGACCAAGGUCGACACCGAGGAGGACGAUGGCGACAAGGUCGACCCGGCAGCCAUCGAGAAGCUGAAGGGGGAACUCUACGGCGUCGACCCGAGCGGCCUCCAGGAGCUGCAGGUGCACGACUUCGAGAAGGACGACGACACGAACUUCCACGUGGACUUCCUGACCGUCGGCACGAACAUGCGGGCGGCCAACUACGACAUCAAGCAGUCGGAGCGGGCCCACGUGAAGGUGACGGCUGGCCGCAUCAUCCCCGCCCUGGCGACGACCACGGCGAUGAUCUGCGGCCUCGUCGACGUGGAGUUCUUGAAGCUCGUCAAGGGCUUGCGGAAGGAGAAGGAUCCGCUGGACAAGUUCUACAACGCCAACAUCAACCUCGCCACUGGCUCGACGGCCAUGAACGUGUUCCGACCCGAGCCGGCCGUCAAGUUGCAGGAGUCGCGCCAUUUCUCGAUUAGUGUCUCCAUCUUCUUCGUAGCAUUGUAG